AUGAGUAAUUUGGAGUGGAGGGAUCGAAUGGAGAAGAUGAAGUUAGAGUGCUGGAUCAAAGAGGUCAAAGAAGAAAUCAAAGAGUUGAAACGUAUAGGCAAAAGAAGGUGGUUGAAGGAUAAAGAAUACGAUAAGCCAGCCAUCACUAUCAUUCCGACCGCCGGCUAUAGCGCACCUCCGGCCACCCAGCACCUACUCCGUCAACCUCUGCCACCGACCGCUUCAUAUUCUCCUCUCGCGAAAUCGAGCAGCGACUCCACCAUCUCCCUCAUUCCCGACGCAGUCACCACCAGUGUCCUUCACCUUUGGCCAGUUGGAUCAUCGGUGUUCCCCAUCUCCGACGUCUACCGGCGAGUCUCUCUGGUGUCCGUUCACCAGCCGCGGUUCACAGCCACACCAUCCGACCUCCUUCACUUCUUCAAACUUCUUCAUAUCAUAUUCGCGAUUUGA